AUGAAAAGGCGUUUAGCGAUGGUUAGAUAUAAUGAGCUGGUUGUAGAAAAGAAAAGUGGAAGAAGAAAGCAUUGUAAUGCAAUGGAGUCGAUGAUCGAACUCUGCGAUCUGAUCGCACAAAAUCCUUCGCAAUUUGCUGAUAAAUUGGCUUGGAUUUGUGGACGAUGUCCACCAAUUGACUCUGUACUCGCCACCGCUAGAUUUCUUUCUAAAUGCCCCAAUUUCGACGACAUGAGGCCCUAA